UGCGUCUGACUCUCGCACCGACUCCCGGCUCGUGCGCGGCUCCCGGCGGGCCCGGGUGCGGGCGCCCGCCGACAUGCGUCCCCUCCUCGGCCUGCUCCUCAUCUUCGCGGGCUGCACCUAUGCCCUGUACCUGCUGUCGACGCGCCUGCCCCGCGGGCGGACCCUGGGCUCUGGCGAGGACGCUGGAGAAAGCAGGUCACUGUCGUUCCCCUCGGACCUGGCCGAGCUGCGGGAGCUCUCCGAGGUCCUCCGGGAGUACCGGAAGGAGCACGAGGCCUACGUGUUCCUGCUCUUCUGCAGCGCCUACCUCUACAAGCAGGGCUUCGCCAUCCCCGGCUCCAGCUUCCUGAACGUGUUGGCCGGGGCCCUGUUCGGGCCGUGGCUGGGGCUGUUCCUGUGCUGCGUGCUGGCCUCGGUGGGCGCCACCUGCUGCUACCUGCUCUCCAGCCUUUUCGGCAAGCAGCUGGUCAUGUCCUAUUUCCCGGACAAAGUGACCCUGCUGCAGAAGAAGGUGGAGGAGAACAGAAACAGCUUGUUUUUUUUCUUGCUGUUUUUGAGACUUUUCCCCAUGACACCAAACUGGUUCUUGAACCUCUCCGCCCCGAUCCUGAACAUCCCCCUGAUGCAGUUCUUCUUCUCCGUGCUCAUUGGCUUGAUCCCCUACAAUUUCAUCUGUGUGCAGACGGGCUCCAUCCUGUCCACCCUCACCUCCCUGGACGCUGUUUUCUCCUGGGAAACCAUCUUUAAGCUGUUGGCCAUUGCCUUGGUGGCCUUGGUCCCCGGGACCCUCAUUAAAAAAUUCAGCCAGAAAAACCUGCAUUUGGACGAAGCGAGCCACGUUGGUCACUUAACUGUCAGGAAGGACACAUGACCCGGAUGGCGGGGCUCACUCCUUCCUUGUGUAACGAGUGUGGCCCUCAGAUGCACUCUUUUUUAAAAAAAAAAUUGUUUUUUUAAUUGCCUCUGCUUGGACCCUGUUCGUUAUGUGCAUCAUCUUAUCCCAAAGGACAAGCCAUGCGCUCUAGGUGAAUUCUGGCUGGUUUUUGCUGGGUGCCCUGCGACAAAGAACUGCUGGCGGUGCCCAGUGCCCAGCCCGCAGGAUGUGAGCGUCUCAUCCCCGUGAGCCUCUCGGGCGGCGCUAGGCGGUGGUGGAUGAGCGUUUGACGAGUGGAUGUUACUCGUGUCCCCGUGAACCCACAUCACCGACGUCCCUCUUCCUCUCCCGAGUUCCCGCUGUGCUGUGUGCUGUCGGUGACCUACCUACCUCUUCCCUAAGCCGAGGGAAACCAAGCCCAGAACUGUGGCCCAGAACACGGCGAGCCCGGAGCACGGCGACCUCUGCCAUGCACUUGGCCUUCAGAGACACCGAGUCCCCGAUCUGCGAGCUCUCGCCGGGCGGCAUGUGGCGGCCAGGAAUGGCAGACGGAAGAUGCAGCAGGAACAGAGCCAGCUCCCAUCACGUCUGUGUCCUGGAGAAAUUCUUCCCUGUGGGGGACGGGCAGGGCCCUUGCUUCUCCUGAAUCCGGGGACAGUCCAUCUCCCAAUCUUGUCCUUCCUGUCCUUUCCCCUUGCCUCCUGCAGGGGGAAGAGGUGUGGUAGCCUCGGGUGCCAGCCCGUAAGCCUGCUGACCACUUUCCAUUUUCUCUUUUGCUGAAAAUAAUGGAGCAGUCACGCCCUCUCUUCAGUCCAAGUUUGGGAUCUCUCUGCCGUGUGGUUUUUAACACGCUGAGGCUGGCGCUGUCAUAUGUGUUUCUCGCCAUCCAGUCACUCCAUUGAUAAUGGUCUACGCAGUGGGUGGGCACUGAACAAAAGUAACACGGAGGGCCAGGGGGUGUUGCACAGCCCGGGAAGGCACUUGCCUUGCAUGUGGCCCACCCAGGUUUGAUCCCCAGCACCGCUGAUGGUUCCCUGAGCACUUUUGGAGUGAUCCCUGAGCACAGUCAGGGGUAAGUGCAGAGGAUAUCCAGGUGCCCCUAAUUACCACCCUCCCCUCCCCAAAAAAAAUUAAAGUGUCACAUGAGAUUUUGGCACCAGUGGCCAUUUCUGUUAGUACGUCCCAUCUGAUGGGAUAUCUACAUAUGAGCCAACCGAUGGUAACCGUGUUCCUCACAUGUCACUAUCAUUACUCCCGGCAGCUCCCUAAAAUGGCUCCGAGGACAGAAGGACCUUGUCAUCUAAGCUGGCAGGCUCUGAGCUCCUGCUCUUGCAGGAGGGACUCAAUUUUUUACCAGUCCUUUUGCCCUGGGGCUUCACCUCUGGACUUUUUUUUUUUUUUUGACUGGACUUGACCAAAGAUACUGCAAAGCUUUAGUCUGAGUGUAUUGCUCUAUGAAUUCUUGAGAAGGACUGAAUUCUCCAAGUGAAUGUGUGUGUGUGUGUGUGUGUGUGUUUCUCCAAUGACCAACAGCACACGAGGACUUCAUUUUCAAAAGCCUGGCUGCUUUCAGAGAAGCAGCCCGGGGUGAAGUGGCCGACGGGAGUGGGAUAUCUGUAGCUCACUGUGUGACGUGAAUUGAGGAAGGGGGGAACAGUGCCCCCCGUCCUCGAGUGUGUGCCCUUUGCCUUCGAUCAGGAAGAUUCCUCCCUCCGAGGUAUGGGAACAAUGUGCCUUAUCAGUUGUGGGUUUACAGGUAUUCUAAAAUAAAUGGACAUAAAUGUUU